UUGGGUUUGGAAAACUGAAGUGUCGAAAACUGAAACCCUGGUUCUACUUUUCCUUUUUAUUUAUUAAUUUAAUUUUGUUUUCCUAUUGAUAUUGAUUCACUCAUUCAUUCCUUUGAUCCAAGUCUCUCUCUUUGUGGCCGUUGCUUCUUCCUCUUGCCUUUCAAUUUCCUUCACUCUUUGAGCCACAAUGAAUGACUUUCACUUUUCUCCCACUCUCCCUCCUAUUCCUCCAUCUCUCCACCCUGUCAACAAACAUCAUCGUCACCAACAACAACUGCAACAACCAUAAUUCAUAAUUCACAAUUCAUUACCCUAAAAACCAAAACCCUUUUCUCUUGUCGAUUCUCUUCUCUUCUCUUCUACCAAAAACCCAGAUUCUUUUUCACUCUCACCAUCACCUUUUUCACCUUCUUACUCCAAUCACUCUUCUAUCCCACCACCCUUCCUUUUUCAAUUCUCUUUCCCCUUCUUCCCCACCACAAUUCUAGGGUUUUUCCAUUCUUCCUUUUUUUUUUUUUUAAUUUUAAAUAUAUAAAGAAUAUAAUUUCCAAAUCCCCUUUUUCUCGCCACUUUUAAUUCCCUAGGUUACCCUCUCAAAACUGUGCCUUUCGAUCUCCCCUUCCUCUCUCUCUCUCUCUGUAUAUAUACUUCCUUUGAUUCUCAGUAUAUUUCUUCUAAAUCUUCACUCUCUUGUCCUUUCCUUUUGGUUUUCUCCACACACCCACACGCAAUUCUUCUUCCUUCUCUUUUCCUUACCAUGUCUUAGCAGCCCAACCCAAAUCUCAAUUUAUCUCUAUUCAUUGCGUGAUUCAUUGAUUUUGCCUCUCCUCUCCGUUGCUGCUGCCGCUGCUGUUGUUGUUGUGUGCCUGUGGCGGAGCAUAGUGAUCGUUGUUAAUGGCGUACCAAGCGAUCCAGGGUCCGAGUUCGGGAUCGAGUUCGAGUUCGGGGUUUCAGAUACUCAAUUCUCCUUUCGGAGACACCACUUACACCAAAGUCUUCGUCGGAGGGUUGGCCUGGGAGACUCAGAGCGAAACCAUGCGCCGCUACUUCGAGCAGUUCGGCGAGAUUCUCGAGGCCGUCGUCAUCACCGAUAAGAACACAGGGCGAUCCAAGGGCUAUGGUUUCGUGACUUUCCGGGAUCCCGAGGCUGCAAGGAGAGCCUGUGCUGAUCCAACUCCUGUUAUUGAUGGUAGAAGGGCGAACUGUAAUCUAGCUUCACUUGGUCGACCACGACCCCCUUUGCCUUAUGGACGGGUAAGACCUGCCUCCCCUUAUGUUGGAAGUGUGCAAACACCUCGCGGUGGCUAUGUUGGAGGCUUUGGGUACCAGCAACCGCUUUCUUACAGCUAUCAACAAGGAUUAGUUUACCCUCCAUAUGGGUAUACGGCAUAUGGACCAGAGUACAUCUACCCACAGAGUCUGUAUAACCCAUAUAUGGGGCAACAGUACCUUCAGUUAUAUGGAGUGCCUGGAACAGUGAAUACAACUAUUUACCCCUAUGGACAAUUGGGUCAGGCUGUACCUAGUGGUCAUGGUUAUUCGGCAAUGCAGGGUUAUACAGUACCAGGUCAUCAGAUUGUGCCCUAUGGGGGAUCUAAUGUUAAUGCCAUAACAACUUCACCUAUGCCUGCCAUUCAAGCCUCAUUUCCCAGUGGAAUUGCUGCACCGGUUCCUGGCCAACCGCAAUUUAUUGUUCCUGCUCCUUCUCCUCAGUUCAUGCAAGGUGGUGGUCCUGACCAAACAGCUGGGUGAGGGGGCGAAUAAGGUAUCCUUAGUUUGCAGCAGGACUAAGAGAAGUGGAACUGCUACUUGAGUGGCGGGAUUCCAAUCUAGCCUUGGAAGUUAAUUAUUUUGCAUUCUAGAGGUAUGUUGCUUUGUUUUACAUUGCCUUGAUGAGGAUGGUGAAAAUGGGUUAAACUUGCAAUUGAUAACUUACUUUUUAUCUUAAUAAGCUGAGAAUAGUAAAUAGACAUCUUACAUUUCUUAAAAUUAUUAUGGAAUUGGGAUCCUUCUUGAGAUUAUUUUGUCUAAUUCGAAGCUGUAACUUGCAAUCCUAUUUAGUUUAACACAAUUGAGUUCAUAAGGCUGGGUCAAUAUGCUCCAGGUAACAUCUGCUUGUUAAUUUGCCUCACAUUGAAUAUUAGUGAGCCAUGUCUGAGUUAAAAACUCAGUCCUCUUGGCUCAUUUCCUGCUGUACUAAUUGGUAAGAAUAGCUCCUAUUAUAAUCUUAAGUAAAAAAGGGGAGAGAAAAUUAGUGACUGCAAGAUUUGUUAAAGUUCAUAUUUCAUUAUGUUUAUUUCGUGAGGGUAUUAAUUCGCCAUGUUAUUGAUGUACAAUUCUUAAUUUGUCCGUCUCUCUAAGUAAAUAGAGGUUUGCAAUAUAAUAGUAUUAACUUUUUUUUUAUACAAGUAUGUCAUUAUGUCUGCUAUAUUUUAUUUUGGCAUCUUAUUGAUAUUUGGGUCUCAUUUACUCAUGGCAUGAAGGUUUUAUUGCUCUAGGGGAUCUGAUUCCUAUAUUCGUUGUUUUCUAUUGAUCUGAAAUUGAAAAGUUGGCACUGCAAAUUAUAUUCUUUAGCUAGGUUAUCUAACAAAUGUUAUGAUAUGCAGGUCAUAUAGUCAUGCUCACCAAGUUGUGUCUGAGUCGCUCCAGAUGGGGAAGGAAACUGGAAUGUGCGGGCUGCUUUUCCAUUUGGACAUUUACACUAGUGUAUUUAUACCUAAUACUACCUGUACUCGAGAAGAGUGGCAGUAGUAUUGAAUCAAUGGGUGCUGGAAUAGGUUUCCAGCUGCCACGUAGGGAAUAAACUUCUGUAAAAAGGAAAAUCACGUCUGAAUCAAAAUAUGAUUCUUUGUAGUCUUGUCCAGCAUUGAGUUUGUAGAUAGUUGUCAAUGUUGGUGCAUUGUGUGACGAUGGAUGGUCCAUCACAUUGAAUGUGAUUUUUGUGCAUAGUAGUUGUCAGGGAUUCUACUAGAAGACACGGGUGUAAUUUUAUGAUUUUAAGAUCCUGCCGAUUAUGCAGGGUAGAACCAUCAGUAUAUUCCAUUAGAGAGGAUUGCAGUGGUCCUUUAGUGUUAUUAUUUCACCGUCAUUCAGCACGGAGUCAAAUGUUCCACAUUUUCUUGAAUUAAUUUUCAACCUUUUCGUCAUGGUUCACUCUAUAA